CAUUUAAUUCGCCUAUUGAAGUUGGGUAAAUAUUGUUGCUUUAUGGUUUAUAAUUAGGUAGUAAUGUGCCAUUGUGUCAUUUUAUACAUUUUCAUCCGGUUUUAUUAUUAUUCAAAAUAGAUUUGCUCGGUGUGUUGAGAGGUGGUGACUAUGGGGGAUACUAUAUAAUAUGAUAUAUUUGACUACUUCAUGGUUUAUCGGUGUACUUGUAACAAGCAGCCUCCCAGGUAGCUAAGCUAACUUGCUAACAUGAUAUCCCAAAUGGAGACGUACGACCUUGACGCUAAAAUCUCGCUAGCGUGACGUCCCGAAGUUGGACACGUACGGCAUUGAUGUAAUGAUUAUGAUGAUGUAAAGGCUGCUGUUGUCACACCGAUGCUCGGACAAUUGCCUUAAGCUAUUGCCUUACAAACGCGUCUACUCGUCGUGUCGCCGACAUCCGUCUUGUGUGCAGACGAUCGAUUAGUUGGCUCUGCGCAUGUUUGGAGAGGCUACUGGAGGAAAAUAUUGAGGGGGGGAAGGAACUGGUUUAACUUAAAAUAAUUGGCUUGGGAACCAACCUCGCUCAUGAGUUACAAAGUUUCUUCAAGAUUUGAACAUUUUGUACAACAUUUAAGCGUGAAAACGACGCGUUUGGUGUGGAGGCUCUGGUGAAAGAUGUCGCUCUACAGGGGCAUCGGCGGCGAUCAGUACAUGAGGAAACGGAUACCAAAGAAUGCCAAGUAUCAGCACAUCAAAACAAAACUGGACACAGGAGUUAGCCUCACCAAGUAUUUGGAGCGCCUGGAGGAGAUUAAACAACACUACAAGUUCAACAAAGGUGAAAUCUUCAAGCGUUUUAAAGUGACGACAUUUGCAGAGUUGAUACUUCAAGUGGCGUCAGUGUCGGACCUCAAUGAAUGUGUCAGCGGUGAUUCGUUUCACUGCCUUCAUGACGGCGGCAGCGGUGACGGCAGCAACAUGAUAGUGGCUAAAGAUAAGUCGGAUCACGCCAACGGCAUGUUGGAGCCCGAGGAUGCGGUGCAGGGUCAGAAACAAAGUCAGACCGUGAGGUCCACAUUGCUAAGCGUGAUCAACGGCGUUGGCGAGCUGAACAUGAACAGUGACAAAAUACAGGCGGCCUGCGCGCACACGGACAUGGACAUUGAGAAGCCUUACCCGGAUUGUCCCUACCUGCUGCUGGACAUGCGUGAGCGCGACCUCUACGACCAGUGCCACCUUAUCACAGCUCACAGUUUUCCCAUCGCAAUGCUGUCUCAGACCAUGAACCCCUAUACCAAGGAAGUACUGGAAUAUAAAAAUGCCAAGGAUAAGAUCAUCAUCGUGUACGACGAGGACGAGCGCAUCGCGAGCCAGGCAGCAACCAGCAUGUGCCAGCGAGGAUUCGAGAACCUCUUCCUGCUCAGCGGAGGUCUCAAAGUGGUCGCUCAGAAGUUCCCCGAAGGCAUGACGACGGGCCCCCUGCCUGCCUCCUGCCUGCCCGCCGCCGUGCCGUCCAAGUGGAGGAAGUGCGCCCCGCCGCCUCCUCCGCCAUUGAUGCAGGUGGCGGGGCGAAGAUGGAGGUUCACCGCCGACGAGCUCGCCAGGAUUGAAGGCCAGCUGGAGAAUAUCGCCAUGAUGAGCAGUAGUCGUACGUCCAGUCGCAUGUCAACGUGCAGCAGUUUGUCCAAAGUGUCCGCCAUCCGCAGCAACCGCCAGGCGUCCGCAGUGUCCUCUGUGGCCUCCAGGGACAGCGGACGAGUUCAGAGGCCUUGGAAGUGAUAACAUCACUAACUCCAACAUUACCUCCCGAUGCCCCUCUCUAGUAGUAUUUCCUCCUUUCCUAACAUUUGAAUGUGUUUGCACAUGAGUGUCUUUUGCACUCCAAUGAAGGAGCUGUGGAUCAUGAUGAUGUUUUUCUCUAUUUUUAUUAAUAUUUAAUGUGCAAAGCAAAAGCUGCACGAAUGCUGUAUUUUUGUGAAGCGCAUCACAACACGUCUUAAUGAUCAUUGCAAACUGAGUGAUGUGUGUGUGUGUGUGUGCGUGUGUGUAUUGCAUCAUGGGCGUCCCUCAGAUCAGAAGUGACUUUUUUUCUUCUGACCUUUAAAUAAAUGUUGCAAUUCUUAAGUGUGAGUCUGUUUGCCUAUUUACUGAAAGUCCUGCAGGUAAAUAAAAAGCUUGGUUAAGCUAAUUAUGAAUAAUAUUCAUUGAACAUGUUUGUGUUAUUGUUGUCAUUGUGCACUGGUUGUACAACUGUUACCCAAAUGUUCUUUUGUAUCUACAAAACUACAAACAUUGAUGAUAUUACUUUAGACUUUAUAUCAUUUUAUAAUUGAUGUAUAAUUUUACAUAUAGUUCUAUUAAAUCUCUGAUUUCGUUGAA